AUGGGGUCGUCGAAUAUGGCUGUUCUCACCAACUCACACAAGAUCGUCGCCGCAAAGCGACGGGCGAAGAGGGAGCAGAUCAAAGAAAUUGUCUUUGACGCUACCGCUCGUAGAGAAUUUCUGACUGGAUUCCACAAACGCAAAUUGGAAAAGAAGGAGGCUGCGAAGAAGAAGGCGCUGGAAAGAGAGAAGCAGGAGAGACUAGAGGCCCGGCGAGAGAAACGCCAAAUGCUCGCUGAGCGUGCGGUGCAGAAUGCGGCAGAGACGGAGCGGGCUUAUGGUGGAGCUGGUACAUGCCGAGUGUCGAAUGUGCGUAUAGUCGAAGACGAAGAAGAAUGGGACGGAAUAUCUGUGUCAGGCCCCGUCGACAAGGGCAAGGGCAAGCAGAAGGAAGAAGAAUACGAGUACGAGGAGCAAAUCGCGACGGUCACCGUAGUCGAAGAUUUCGACCCAGACGAGCUGAUUCACGGGCCUCACUCAGAAAGCCGGACACCUCUACCUUCCGACGUGGAUGCAAAUCGCUCGUCAACGUCUCAUCCGGUCUCAGAGUCCCAGGCACAGAACCGUCCGUCCCGUGGCGUAAUCGCGAGUGCGAGCAUGGGCCCACGGCCGUCUGCGAACGGGCCAGCCGUGGUUGGACGGAAUAAAUCAAAGCCAAAGCCAAAAGAUAUCAAGUACCAGACGAACGCGGCUAGGAAGGCUGACAAAAUGAAGCAGCGCAGACGACAUACUGAGAAGGCUGAGCGAGCAGGGGGCAAGGCGUCACGCAAGAGCGGUGGAGGCCGCACGCGACGAUGA